AUGGAGCUACUUUUUGUCACGUCUGAAUAUUGCGGCGCCAAGAUCUCCGGCGCACAUGGUAGUCAGUCCCGCCACAGUGAACGACCCAAAUUGAUUUUUAACUCCGGACUGCAAAAGACUUCAUACAUUGCGAGUGCCCUACUCCUUUUUGCCCCCCUCCGAAUGGAGCCUCUACCUGCGAGUCGAUGUCCAUUUCCAAUCGAUGAUUUGGUCCCGAUUAUCAUACAGCAAGCCUCUUUGACUUAUCAUCCUAAAGACCUAGCGAAAUUGUCCCUGGUUUCCUCUGUUUGGCUUGGUGCCACUCGUCGCAUUCUAUACUCUUCGCCCCACAUCCGCUCAUAUCACUCCUGCCACCUCUUAUCACGGACUUUAGCUGAUAAGCCAUACUUCGGAAACCGGAUCCGAGCCCUGCGUCUACAUCCUGUGUCUCGAAUAUGCCCAACUGGGGGGAAAUGCCCGUGUCGUGAAGUCAACACUAUCGCUUUGAGCUUAACACCGCUCUUCCGCCUCGAGAAUCUCUCUGAGCUCUCGCUGGGUGGUGACUGUGCGAUCCACUCAGAGUGGUAUCUGCGGAGUUUCCACUACACUGAAGGUAUUACAAAGGUACGUGUGGAAGGUAUGCAAUGGUACUGGUCCUUUGAAGUCAAUCGGCCUAUCAAUGCAUCACUACGUUGGAAUGAGAGUUUGGCUUCCCGGUACCAGAACUUGAAAUAUUUGGAACUUAUGAAUGUAGACUUACGUAUCUGUGAACUUCAAGUAUUCAAACCACACUUGCCACACUUGGAAACUCUAAUCAUGGACAGAGUCCGGAUAACACACGGAAACCUUUCAAACAUAGCAUUCGAUGCAUGGCAGAAUUUGAGAGAACUAACAGUCGUCGUCCCGGAAUACAGUCCCAACUACGACGUCAAGACUAUCCUACUUCAGGCUGCACAGAAUUUACAAGCUCUCAAGUACUGUAUCAAAGAAGAAUCACCGCGAAACGACCUCCAUUCAGUAAUUGGGGUAGAUGUACUCGCGUCCUGUACUUCCCUUCGCGAUCUUCAGUUAUCGGUCUUGUUCAAAACUUCAGCUUUGAAAGCUUUGGGGCAACGUCUCACUCAACUAGAAUUGCUCAAAGUAUUCGGUAAUUACGAAGUUGACAUUGAAGAGUGGGCGGUAGAGAUUAUGAACGGAAUAUUUCCAAAAUUGCGUGAGAUUAGUCUGCCAAUUGGCCAUGAGCUUCGACGCCUGGCAGACUGGCAGUGGUCUGCCUUACGGGUGGGGACAAUACGAAGAGCAUGCGAGAGCCGUGGCAUCGCUCUAACUUAUGUUUAUUUACCGGAUUAA